GCAGGUGUCUGGCUGCAGCAAACCAUGCAAUGAGCCAUGCCCCGCCCUGGACACCCCCGCCCAUCAUCUGGGCCACCACGCUUGGGACCCUGGGAGCAGCCAACAGAACUAUGUCUGGAGACAUAUGAUGAACCACCCCAGCCCCCACCAAGCCACCGCACCCGUAAACCAGACCCCAAGGACCCUGGUCACCGUGGGCCAGAGAGCAUUACCUUCAUCUCCGGCUCUGCAGAGCCGGCCGCCGAGCCCCCCACCUGCUGCCCACUCUGGCAACCCUGGGUGUGGGACUGGUGCCGGGCUGCCUUCUGUUUCCGCCGCUGCCGGGAUUGCCUCCAGCACUGUGGAGCUUGUGCGCGGGGCUGCAGCCCCUGCUUGUCUCCUGGGGACUCCACUGAGGGGGCUGCAGAGGCCAACUGGGCCAAGGAGCACAAUGGAGUGCCCCCCAGCCCCGACCGUGCCCCCCCCAACCGGCGGGAUGGCCAGCGGCUCAAGUCAGCCAUGGGCAGCAGCUUCAGCUACCCUGACGUCAAGCUCAAAGGCAUCCCCGUAUAUCCCUAUCGCAGCUCCACCUCCCCAGCCCCUGACGCAGACUCCUGCUGCAAGGAGCCACUGGCCGAGCCCACACCCAUGCGGCACAGCCUGCCCAGCACCCUUGCCAGCAGUCCCCGCGGCUCCGAGGAAUACUACUCCUUCCAUGAGUCGGACCUGGACCUGCCUGAGAUGGGCAGUGGCUCCAUGUCAAGCCGAGAGAUUGAUGUGCUCAUCUUCAAGAAGCUGACAGAGCUGUUCAGUGUACACCAGAUCGAUGAGCUGGCCAAGUGCACAUCAGACACUGUGUUCCUGGAGAAGACCAGUAAGAUCUCGGACCUUAUCAGCAGUAUCACCCAGGACUACCACCUGGACGAGCAGGAUGCUGAGGGCCGCCUGGUACGCGGCAUCAUUCGCAUCAGUACCCGAAAGAGCCGUGCCCGCCCACAGACCUCCGAGGGGCGCUCAACUCGGGCUGUUGCCCCCACUGCUGCUGCCCCUGACAGUGGCCAUGAGACCAUGGUGGGGUCAGGUCUCAGCCAGGAUGAACUGACAGUGCAGAUCUCCCAGGAGACGACAGCAGAUGCCAUCGCCCGGAAGCUGAGGCCUUACGGAGCCCCAGGGUACCCAGCCAGCCACGACUCGUCAUUCCAGGGCACUGACACAGACUCGUCAGGGGCACCCCUGCUCCAGGUGUACUGCUAACCCCCACUGGGCCCAGCAGCCCUGACCUCUUCUGGGAGAAGCACAGCCUGCAGAAUGAAGAGGAAGACCAGGACCUCCUCUUGGGGAGGCUGGGCCAUGAGCCCAUAACCAGUACCCACUCUGGCUCCUCCUGCCUUGGCUGACUGGUUCCUGGACCACGUGCAUUUCACUGGGCCAUGGUGUCCUCAUCCCCUUGUAUCCCCAGCUGGCCUGACCCCUGCCUGGGCCUGUUCCUUCCUUCCUGUGGUGUUCAGGCGGCCUGAUUGUGGAAAGCAAGGACUUGGGAAUUAUGUUCUGGGAUUGAAUCCUGACCACCCCCAUAACAUGCCACCCAAACCAAAUCAUGCAACGUCUUCCUCCCUGGAGGGAUCCAACAACUAAAGCAGCUUAUAUUACACAUUGGGUUGAGGGGUGGGCUGAGUCUCUCUGUAUGGAAUUCUGUGGGCAGUGCCCACUCCAUGGUAUGUUCUGUUAAGCAGUUUGUUCUGGUUCUUGGCUGGUGUUCUACACGUUAACAUGACCAUAAUUGCAAGUACAAAGGUCA